AUGAGUAAACAGUUUGAAGACCCGAACGCCAAACCGCGCUGUCUUUGGUCACUACACAAGUCGUCGACGGCCACUGACCCACACUUUCACGACACACUUACAGCUAAGCCUAAGAUAUUGUCCAAUAUAUUGGAACAGAUCGGAGACACACCACUCGUGAGGCUAAACAGGAUUCCCAAAGAGUAUGGCAUUCGGUGUGAAGUGUUGGCCAAAUGCGAGUACUUUAAUGCCGGCGGAAGUAUUAAGGAUAGGAUCGCCCUUAAGAUGGUCUGCGACGCCGAACGCGAUGGUGUGCUUCGGGAGGGAUUCACUAUCAUUGAGCCGACGAGUGGUAACACUGGUAUUGGGUUAGCGAUGGCGGCAGCGGUUAAAGGAUACAAAUGUAUUUGUGUUUUGCCACAGAAAAUGUCAAACGAGAAGGUGAAUGUAUUGCACGCUUUGGGCGCUAAGAUUGUCCGCACACCCAAUGAUGUGAGUUAUGACUCGCCUUAUAGUGACAUUAAAGUGGCGCAAAAGCUCUGCCAACAGAUCAAGAACUCAGUAAUUUUGGAUCAAUACCGCAAUGUUAACAACCCUUUGGCCCAUUACGACAACACCGCUGAAGAGAUACUCCAACAGACAGAUCAUAACGUGGAUAUGGUUGUCGUGGGCGCCGGCACUGGUGGUACUCUCGCAGGCAUUGGUCGUAAGUUUAAAGAAGUGUUGCCCGACUGUAAGGUGAUUGGUGUGGAUCCGUUUGGAUCAAUACUCGCACAACCGGAAGAUAUAAACAAAUCGGACACAACUUUCUACGAAGUGGAGGGUAAUGGACAUGAUUUUAUUCCCACUGUUUUGGAUCGAAGUGUUGUCGAAAAGUGGUAUAAAUCUGACGACAAGUCAUCGCUAGAAAUGUCUCGAAAGCUCAUCUCAAAGGAAGGACUUCUCUGUGGCGGCUCUUCUGGCAGUGCAGUCGUGGCCGCACUGAAAGCUGCAAAAGAGCUCCGGGAAGACCAGAGAUGUGUUGUCAUACUUCCGGAUGGAGUUCGCAAUUAUAUGACAAAGUUUUUGGACGACAAUUGGAUGAAUGAGAGAAACUUUGCCACAAAUGCAGAAUUGAAUAAUUAG